UCCCCGCCCGGAGACCGCGGCGCACUUGGACUUCCCUCUCCAUUCGCUGGCUGCCUCGCUCCCGGUCCCCACGGCUGCGAACUGAUCUGGCGCGGGGGGAGGAGGAAAGCGCAGGCGAGCGAGCGAGCGAGAGAGGGAGAGAGCGAGCGAGCCAAAGAGCAAAGCGAGAGCGAGAGAGCCGGGAGGCUGAGGGAGUAGUGACCGCCUUCCGGAGCUUGGAUUCAUGCCUGUCCUCGGGACCAGCGAAGGGGACUUUAAGGCUGAGUAUGAGCCAGGCUGCUAGGAGCCAGGUACCCCCACGCCUGCAGUCCCCGCGCCGUUCCCGGUAUGCGAGCUGGACGCCGGGUUCUCCCAAGUUCCCACCGAGCCGAAUAAAAAGCGUCCUCCCGCAGCUCUCCGCCAAAGACGGACAUUGACUCCAGGACUCCACAGAAUGGAGCAAGAAUGAGAGGAAAAAGGCCGGCAGAAAAGCAUGAACUGGAGGUUUGUUGAGCUCCUCUACUUCCUGUUUGUAUGGGGCCGUAUCUCCGUGCAGCCCUCCCACCAGGAACCAGCUGGGACAGACCAACAUGUCUCCAAGGAAUUUGAUUGGCUUAUUUCAGACAGGGGGCCUUUCCACCACUCCAGGAGCUACCUAUCCUUUGUGGAAAGACACCGUCAAGGAUUUACAACCAGAUAUAAAAUAUACAGGGAGUUUGCCCGUUGGAAGGUGAGGAACACAGCCAUCGAGAGGAGAGACCUGGUCCGCCACCCGGUGCCCCUCAUGCCAGAGUUUCAGAGGAGCAUCCGCCUGCUUGGUCGGAGACCUACCACGCAGCAGUUCAUCGACACCAUCAUCAAAAAGUACGGCACCCACCUCCUCAUCUCGGCCACCUUGGGAGGGGAGGAGGCCUUGACCAUGUACAUGGACAAAAGUCGCCUCGAUAGGAAGUCAGGGAAUGCCACCCAAAGUGUUGAAGCUCUGCACCAGCUUGCGUCAUCCUACUUUGUCGACCGUGAUGGCACCAUGAGGAGGCUCCAUGAGAUCCAGAUAUCAACUGGAGCAAUCAAGGUCACAGAGACACGCACCGGGCCUCUGGGCUGUAACAGCUAUGACAAUCUGGACUCUGUGAGUUCCGUCCUUCUGCAAAGCACGGAGAGCAAACUGCACCUUCAAGGUCUUCAGAUCAUCUUCCCUCAGUAUCUGCAAGAGAAGUUUGUCCAGUCGGCCUUGAGCUACAUCAUGUGCAAUGGUGAGGGGGAGUACGUGUGUCAGAACAGCCAGUGUAGAUGUCAGUGUGCGGAGGAAUUCCCACAAUGCAACUGCCCCAUCACCGACAUCCAGAUCAUGGAGUACACGCUGGCCAACAUGGCCAAGUCUUGGGCCGAAGCUUAUAAGGACCUGGAGAAUUCAGAUGAGUUUAAAUCCUUUAUGAAGCGUCUCCCCAGCAACCACUUCCUAACCAUCGGGAGCAUCCAUCAGCACUGGGGCAACGACUGGGACCUGCAGAACCGGUACAAGCUCCUGCAGAGCGCCACCGAGGCCCAGAGGCAGAAGAUCCAGCGCACAGCCCGCAAGCUCUUCGGCCUCAGCGUCCGCUGCCGUCAUAAUCCCAACCACCAGCUGCCUCGGGAGAGGACAAUUCAGCAGUGGCUCGCAAGGGUCCAGUCGCUUCUCUACUGCAACGAGAACGGGUUUUGGGGAACCUUCCUGGAGAGCCAGAGGAGCUGCGUGUGCCACGGCAGCACCACGCUGUGCCAGCGCCCCAUCCCCUGCAUCAUAGGCGGGAACAACAGCUGCGCCAUGUGCAGCCUGGCCAACAUCUCGCUCUGCGGCUCCUGCAACAAGGGCUACAAGCUCUACCGCGGCCGCUGCGAACCCCAGAACGUGGACUCGGAGCGGAGCGAGCAGUUCAUCAGCUUUGAGACCGACCUGGACUUCCAGGACCUGGAGCUGAAGUACCUGUUGCAGAAGAUGGACUCGCGCCUCUACGUCCACACCACCUUCAUCAGCAACGAGAUCCGCCUUGACACGUUCUUCGAUCCGCGGUGGCGCAAGCGCAUGUCCCUCACGCUCAAGAGCAACAAGAACCGCAUGGACUUCAUCCACAUGGUGAUCGGCAUGUCCAUGCGUAUCUGCCAGAUGCGCAACAGCAGCCUGGACCCCAUGUUCUUUGUCUAUGUCAACCCCUUCAGCGGGAGCCACUCCGAGGGCUGGAACAUGCCCUUUGGGGAAUUCGGCUACCCGCGCUGGGAGAAGAUUCGUCUCCAGAACAGCCAGUGCUACAACUGGACUCUCUUGCUGGGCAAUCGGUGGAAAACGUUUUUCGAGACGGUCCACAUCUACCUACGUAGUCGGACUCGGCUACCCACCCUCCUGCGAAACGAGACUGGCCAGGGCCCCGUGGACCUGUCCGACCCCUCCAAGAGGCAGUUCUACAUCAAGAUCUCGGAUGUGCAGGUGUUUGGGUACAGCCUGCGGUUCAACGCCGACCUCCUUCGCAGCGCCGUGCAGCAGGUCAACCAGUCCUACACGCAGGGUGGCCAGUUCUAUUCCUCUUCGUCUGUGAUGCUCCUCUUGUUGGAUAUUCGGGACCGAAUUAAUCGCCUGGCCCCUCCUGUGGCCCCGGGGAAGCCCCAGCUGGACUUGUUCUCCUGUAUGCUGAAGCACCGGCUGAAACUGACCAACAGCGAGAUCAUCAGGGUGAACCACGCCUUGGACCUCUACAACACCGAGAUCCUCAAACAGUCGGACCAGAUGACAGCCAAGCUCUGUUAACCUGAGACUCCUUGCCGUGGGCUUUCCCUUUUGUUGUACAAACGUAACAGAACAAAGCAAAGCAGAACAAAACACAACACAAGUUUGUAAAAUGUAAUUAAUAUUCAAAGAAAAGGAGGAAGAGUCUUCAUUCGUUGGAAACGAAAACGUUCUAGCAACUGUAUAAAACCGUCGGGCAUGUUUGUUAUCUCUAUACUCUGUCAUGAAGAAGGGUCUCAGCCUUUGGAGGAGCUUGGAGGGGUUGCUUCUUAGGCCUCAGGUGCUGUAUUGUCGGGGGAGAAGGGGAGAGCAUAUGCAAUGAAUUGCCAAGAUCUCUGCUGUGCAGGUGCUAAGAUUAAACGCUAAAAAGAAAGAGAGAUAUAUGUAAUGUACAACCGACACUGCCAUUUUUCCUUGUGGGAGGAAAUGGACAUAGAUAAAGAUAUUUCUUGGGUUAUGAUUUCUUCCCUCUCUAUGCCUAAUUCCUUGUGGUUCUUUUGACUCAUUCUUGCACAGGGGUGGGGAUGCGAUGACCGUGCUAUCUUACCCUUCUGAAGAUGCGCAACAGCUGAAGCUGGUUGAAGCAGGGCAGUCAGGGGGUUUGCAGGGAAGAAACAGAUACAUCAUCACAGGGUGUGAAAACAAUAAGGACCCUCAGUUAUCUGCUGUCACACUCCUUGAUUUAGUUUGUGAAAUAGGCAUGGAGAGAAAAUGGCAUGCCCAUGGCCACACAUAGCUACGACCUGAAUAAGGAUUUGAACUCUGCCUUUGACCCCCUUGGCAGAGCUCCUCCUUCUAAAUCACACCAGCCAUUUUGUAGUUUCUCCUCCAGCUACACUGCCAAGGGAUGAAGCAUUUUUCCGUCUCAGGUUGUUUUGAUAGCUUUUUUUCUUUCAAUUGAAAAAACCCCUCUCAUCUACUUUCUCUAAAAAGCAAUGGUCUCAGAUUUCCUAGAAGUCCUUUGCAUAUUAAAAUUUUGUUUAAGUAAAAAUCAAUAACCACAAUAAACUAAAAUGGGGUCAGUUCUAUCAUGGCACUGCUCUACCAGGCAGACUUCCCCAAGUAAGUAUGGGGAAAAAAUGAUCCUUUGAUAAACUCAGAAUGAAUACACACACACACACACACACACACACACAAAACAUGUAUACACAAAUUAUAACACUGCCGUUUCCUUGGCAUCUAUGAAGGUGAGAGGCCUUGUUUUGGGACUUCGUAGUUAAAUUGAAAGGAGAAACUCAAGAAAGAAAAGUCAUUUCAGAGCACUCCUGUAGAGUAUUUGGGCAGAUACCAUUUCUUAGCCUUCAAGAUCUCUACGUUUAUCAUUUUGGUGAGGUGGUACUUGCUAGAGGUGCUUCUGAACAUCCAAAUCUUCGUUUCUAUAUUGUCAGAGAAAUAGGAUCACCAGUUUCAGGGUCAAAAGCAAAAAAUGGAAUUCCUCUGGUUUAAACUUCUGCCCAGUCCAAAUCUCCUUCUCACCAUCUUAGGGAGAUCACCGCCAUUUACCGGCUUGACCAUUCCAGCGACAGGAAGCUAAUUAGCUUUUCCACGUUCCUUGAAUUCCUCUUCUGCUGAAAGGGAACAAUAAUGUUCAUUCCAUUUUGUGUUAUAAAACAAAUCUAGUUAUUAGAUUGUUCUUCCAUACCUUGGCCAGCCUUUGCAUACCUUCCACUCCCUGGUUCCAGUUUUGGAAUGUGAAUUUCUCUCUCAAGUUAACGCUCUUCUGGAUACAAUACAAAGACCUAUCUCAGGGGUCACCACAGUCUGUGAUAAUACGACUCAAAGAUUACCACAUCCCUAAUAUAGUUUAGAAGUAAAGAAUUACCUAGUGUGUGUUUAUGUAUGUGUGUGUGUGUUGGCGGUGAGUUGGGGGGAUUAAGUCUUUUUUGGGGGGUAGUGGUAAAUUCCAACUUUAAUGUUCCAGUUUUUAGCAUGAAUUAGCAUAUAUUCUGAUAAUGACUUUAACAGUAACUUGCAUUUCACAUGCACACAGGUUUUUGGACCUCAGCUUUUGAGGAUUCAUUGUUCAUUUAGACUAGAAAUCCUUUCAUGCCAGAGAUCACAUCGCAGAUACUCAUCAAGUAUAAGAUUUUGUAGAAGGUCAGCAAACCAUCAAACAUCUCUUCAAUGCCUACUAGAUGAAUGGGGUAUGUCAGAGAAACAAAAAUUUGUAAGGACAAGGUCUAUACUUUUGUGCCACUCACAAACUAAUGAAAAAUACAGACAUAUGAACCAAAUUGAAAAAAUAAACAAUAAUUACAGUACACCAUGAUGAGUGCUAUCGUGGGGUCAGGCACACGGAGAGAAGCCCUGGAGAAGUUAUUUUCUCUCUUAAUGGGGUUGGCCAAAGCUUUACGUGGGCAUGUUUAUUCUGAGUGUUGAAGUGAAUCAGAGUUGGGCAAAUAGCAAGAAGAAGGGCCAAAGGAAGAGAAAAUGCAAAAUAUUUAUACAAAGGAUAAAUAUGCAUGGUAUAUUUGAGGGUCAGUUAACAGCUUUAAAACUGUGGUUUUAAAUGGGAAGCCUAACAAGGACAGUGAGGAUUUUAAGUCUGUAUGAGAAGUGGAAAUAAUGACCUGCUAAAUGGAUUUAAGACUGACCACCUCUCAGUGGCCUCUCUUCCUUUUUUCCUUUCAUCUCUACCUUCCAAGCACUUCAAGAACUCGUGCUAUAGGAACCCCUGUACUCGCACUUAACAGAUCACUAGGCGAUCUUUAGAGGCAUUAUGCUACUUAAUCCUUAAUCACAAUUCUGUUAGGGCCUUCCACCUGAGGUCAUUCCCAGACUUCACCAGUUGUAUGUGCAGAAAAGUCCUCUUCCCUUCCCCUUGAAAAUACUGACUGCAUCACUUCAUAUUUCAAAGAGAACACAGCAAUGUCCAAUGAUUGGAAAGGUCAGGAAAAUAGAGAAAUUUUCAAGGAGAGAGAAAGAUUCAGACAUCAAAAUAUUUAUUCAAAGGCAAAAGAAAAAUACUUUGCUAUAUAAAAGGACACAAAGUUCUGUGGAUUUUCCAAUGUCUCCUGCUUGGGUCUGGCCCUUUGAGCUAACAAGGUUCCUCUCCAGCUGAGAGGAAGAGAAGCCUGAAGCCUUCAACUGAGAUUUUAAUUCAAUUAGUGUCUUACCAAUUUGAUGCAGCAACCAAGGACCGAUGGUGUCUGAUUAAUAUGCUGAUGCUAAGGCAAAAGAGUGAACAGAAUGCCCAUUUGGAUAAGGCCUGGCAGCAAAGCGUGGCAUUGCCAUGGAAACUGCAGAAAGCCAUUAAUUAGCUAUCAAAUAAAAUCAUUGGAAAAUUCUGGACCCUGGCAUAUCUGCCCCCUUCAAAGAGGAGGGCAAGAAGAGGUCAUACUAACAGCAAGGCUCCCUUCAAUGAUUAAAAUCGUAGUUGUACACAUGUCGCAAAGUGGAAGAAGGAUUGGGAAGUAAAACAAAUGGACAUAAUGAAAGAAAAGAG